AUGGCUAUGAAAUUAGAUUACGACCGAAAUAAUCCAGUAGUUGGUUUCGAAGAACAAGAUCUUGAGAGGUGCUUAAAAGUGGAAGAAGAAUUCAUGCCUCGUAAGGCUAUGCUCAGAAACGUGCUAGACGGUGUGCGAGAUGAAGUAGUUCUUGUAGCCAACUGUUGUUUAAUGAUUGCUUAUAAGACGAGACCUGACACCUUCGAUGUCCUUCACUUUCUGGUAAAAACGAAAAUGAUUAAGCAUGAGAGGCACAUACUGACAGUGGAACUUGUGAUUCUCAAUGCACUUAAAUGGAACUUGGAAGUAACAGCUAUAUCGUUCGUUAAUAUGGUAAUUCCGAGGAUUCCUGGAGCAGAAAACAUCAAACGCCGAGUUGUAAACGAGAUUAUAAUCCAAGUACAAGGCGACAUAACUUUUAUUACAAAGUUCAGACCUUCGGUGAUUGCCGCAGCAGCUAUUAUCACAGCUUGUAGACGUACACUUCGCGAAAUGCAGCCCAUUUGCUAUAAUUGGAUUGUGGAUACCAAAUUUGUCAAUAAGGUUGAUUUAGAAGUCUGCUUUGCAAAGGUACUUCAAAUGUGCAUGGAAAAGGAAAUCAUAAUGGUAACAGAUAGAAAGGCGUCACAGAGUCCUCGGGUUCGAGCGGCCUCACGCAGUCCCAAGAAGGAGCCAAAGCUGCACAUUUCUGAUACAGAUGCAGAAAGAAUAUUUGAACGUAGACAUGGCAAGGAGCAAAAGCUGGGCAGUUCAGAUGCAGAUACAGAUAGAAAAGUUGAACGUAGACAUGGCAAGGAGCCAAAGCUGGGCAGUUCAGAUGCAGAUACAGAUAGAAAAUUUGAACGUAGGCCUGGAAAGGAACCGAUGUCUAUGUCGAAGACAAAGAAUAAGGCGGUAGCGGUACCAGAAAAUAAAAUAAAUGAUUCAGAGUUAGAUGAUGAAAUGAACUUUAAACUGAAGUGGAUGCUGUGGAUUACUAAUCCUGAAGAGAUAGAGAUCGAUUCCCCUCGUUUUCGACCAGUGGCGGCCGCAACAACUCCAUUAAUCUCAUUCCCCGUAAUUGCCUUAAAGUUUCAAUAG